CGAAGCUAUAAUUUGCAGGGCUGAGCCGUUCGCUGUUCGCUUACCCCACCGAUUCACCGACAGCUACAUAUAAAGAACAGAGCAAACCAUAUAUACCAAGCAAUCCAGCAAAAUUUCAAAUACCCAUUGCAAAUUUCUUUGGAAAGAAACCUUCGAUUCGCUUCAUCGAGAAACCCAAACGUCAAUCGAGUGUUCUUGUGGCAGGAGGGGUGAUGUCGAAUCAAGAUCUAGAGCGAGGAGCGGCUAAAAAUCCACCGAAUAGUAACCCAACUGGGAACUAUUCAGCUCCGCCUUACCACGUAGAAACUUCCGAGAAGCAGUGGACGCCAUGGCUAGUUCCAAUGUUUGUUGUGGCUAAUAUUGCUAUGUUCAUUGUGGUCAUGUACGUCAAUAAUUGCCCCAAAACCAAUCUGGGUUUUGAAGAUAAGUGUGUGGCCGGUUUUCUUGGGCGGUUUUCAUUUCAGCCCUUGAAGGAGAAUCCCCUCUUGGGGCCCUCUUCCAAUACAUUGGUGAAAUUGGGAGCUUUGAAAUGGGAUAAGGUCGUCCAUGAGCAUCAAGGAUGGAGACUCCUCUCCUGUAUUUUGUUGCACGCUGGUAUCAUUCAUCUUCUUUCAAAUAUGUUGAGUUUGGUUGUGAUUGGGAUCCGCCUUGAGCAGCAAUUUGGAUUUGUGUGCAUCGGAAUAAUAUAUCUCGUGGCUGGAGUUGGUGGUAGCGUAAUGUCUUCCCUGUUCAUCCAAAACAGUAUCUCAGUUGGUGCUUCUGGUGCCCUCUUUGGACUUCUCGGAGCUAUGCUAUCUGAGCUCUUGACAAACUGGACGAUUUACACCAACAAGGCUGCUGCACUCUUUACCCUCAUCGUUAUUGUAGCAAUUAACUUGGCAGUUGGAAUUCUACCUCAUGUAGACAACUUCGCGCACAUUGGAGGAUUCUUAACAGGAUUCCUUCUCGGGUUUGUGUUGCUCAUUCGUCCCCAGUUUAAAUGGAUUGAACGUCAUCAUCUGCCACCCAGUGCUCAACGUGUGCCCAAGUAUAAAAUUUAUCAGUAUAUUCUCUGGAUUGUUGCUGCAAUUCUACUAGUUGCUGGUUUUACUGUUGGGCUGGUGAUGCUAUUCAGGGGGGAGAACGGGAACAAGCACUGCAGCUGGUGCCAUUACUUGAGCUGUGUGCCAACCUCAAGAUGGGACUGUGGGAACUAAUCACUUUUGUUUUGUGUACAUAGUCACACUUAACACUUCACUUUUUGGUCCUUCGGGUUUUAGAUUGCUUUUGGCUCCAUGUAUAUUAAUAGUUUGAGUUUAUGAUAUAUUUUCAGAUCAAUAUUAUUGAUUAUUGCCCUGUUUCGUACA